UGGAAUUCGAGUCUAUUUUUGACACGGUAGUCCACCCCCAUCAUCCCCAGUCUUGCUCGGGACGCCGCACUCUGUCAUGACAACGCGCCGCCACCGCAUCAGCGACAAGGCGUUUUUGUCCUUCUUCAUCCCUAUCGCGUGUGUGUUGUUCGUGUCCGCCCCGGUAUUCGUGCUCAAGUCGUACGCUGAUCCGUUGCUAGAAACCACAGAGGGCGUGCCAGGCUUGUGGAGACAAAAGUUUAACUGGUGGUGGCAAAAGCAAGCGUGGCCUCUUCUUUUGCCCGUCACCACCGCCGGAAAGCCAUCCGACCCCGAGAUUCCGCUCGUGUUUUUACACGAAAAGUACCCGCACAAUGGCCAUAAAACGCUGCGCCUCCACGACAAAAAGUACUUGAAAAUGGCCGAAUCCAUGCAAAAGUCGAAAUAUCCGUCUGAAUUGGGCUAUGUGUACAUUUUCGACGCGAAAGACACGCGCGACUUGCCCAAGGGCGAAUUGAUUCAAGUCGACGGCUUUGAGUGGAAAGACGACGGAUGCUUGCUCUCGACGACUCGCAAACGGAGCUUUCGAAUCAAAAGCAUCCGCCGCGACCCGCACCAAGGCAUCAUGUAUGCCAAGGUCGAAUGGAUCUAACUAAAAACGAAUAAUACAUGAUUAAACAUGUUUUUGCUAGCCCAA